AGUCCAGCCCGGCCCGCCCCUCCGCCGGUGCCGUGUUGGAAGUCGCGACUGUCCCGGAAGUGGAGCGGGCCUCUCUCUGUCGGGGUCCCGACCUCCCGGCUGCUGCUGCGGGCAGCGGGGGCGGCGGCGAUGGCGGAGGCGGCGCUGCUGCUGCUGCCCGAGGCGGCGGGGGAGCGGGACGCUCGGGAGAAGCUGGCUCUCUGGGAUAGGAGACCGGACACGACGGCGCCGCUGACCGACCGGCAGGCGGACUCGGUGCUGGAGCUGAAAGCGGCGGCCGAGGACCUGCCGGUGCCGGCCGAGCUCCCAAUUGAAGACUUGUGCAGUUUAACAUCCCGUUCGCUGCCCAUUGCACAUUCUUCAAUAGUGCCCGAAUCCACGGAAGACAUUCUCUUGAAGGGUUUCACCUCCUUAGAAAUGAAAGAAGAAAGAAUCGAAACUGCACAGCAGUUCUUCUCAUGGUUUGCAAAGCUGCAAACUCAGAUGGAUCAGGACGAAGAAACUAAAUAUAGACAGAUGAGGGAUUACUUGUCUGGGUUUCAGGAGCAGUGUGAUGCUAUAUUGAAUGAUGUAAACAGUGCUCUUCAGCAUCUGGAAUCAUUGCAGAAACAGUAUCUUUUUGUGUCCAAUAAGACAGGAACCCUGCAUGAAGCCUGUGAACAGCUCCUGAAAGAACAGUCGGAACUUGUUGAUCUGGCUGAAAAUAUUCAACAAAAGCUUUCCUAUUUUAAUGAAUUGGAGACUAUUAGCACAAAACUGAAUUCUCCCACAUUGUCUGUGAAUAGUGAAGGAUUUAUACCUAUGCUGGCCAAGUUAGAUGAUUGUAUAACGUAUAUAUCAUCUCAUCCAAAUUUUAAGGAUUAUCCUGUAUAUUUACUGAAGUUUAAGCAAUGUCUUUCUAAAGCUUUGCACCUCAUGAAGACAUACACUGUGAACACACUACAGAACCUCACAAAUCAGUUAUUAAAAAGGGAUCCUUCAUCUGUACCUAAUGCAGAUAAUGCUUUCACACUAUUUUAUGUGAAAUUUCGAGCUGCUGCCCCCAAAGUCAGAACUCUCAUUGAGCAAAUAGAACAACGAUCUGAAAGAAUACCAGAAUAUCAACAACUGCUAAAUGACAUCCACCAGUGUUAUCUUGAUCAGCGGGAGCUUCUUUUGGGCCCUAGUAUUACUUGUACUGUAACAGAGUUAACCAGCCAGAAUAACAGAGAUCACUGUGCCUUGAUUCGCAGUGGCUGUGCCUUUAUGGUCCAUGUAUGCCAGGAUGAGCACCAACUUUAUAAUGAAUUUUUCACAAAACCAACAUCAAAAUUAGAUGAACUUUUGGAGAAACUGUGUGUGUCAUUGUAUGAUGUCUUCAGGCCACUGAUCAUUCAUGUUAUUCACUUAGAGACGCUAUCGGAACUUUGUGGGAUUCUUAAAAAUGAGGUGCUUGAAGAUCAUGUACAGAACAAUGCUGAACAACUGGGGGCAUUUGCAGCUGGAGUAAAGCAGAUGUUGGAAGAUGUACAAGAGCGGCUUGUUUACCGAACCCACAUCUACAUUCAGACAGACAUCACGGGCUACAAACCAGCUCCUGGAGACCUGGCGUACCCCGAUAAGUUAGUAAUGAUGGAGCAAAUUGCACAGAGUUUAAAAGAUGAACAGAAGAAGGUACCUUCAGAAUCUUCGUUUUCAGAUGUUCGGUUAGAAGAAGCAGAAUCUCCUAAUAAUUUAACAAAAUCUGGUUCAACAGAAUCUUUCAAUGCCAGAUCACAGACCACAAUUUCCCCAGCAGAUCUUCAUGGGAUGUGGUAUCCUACAGUUCGACGAACUCUCGUCUGUCUCUCCAAAUUGUACAGAUGCAUAGAUAGGGCAGUGUUCCAAGGAUUAUCACAGGAAGCCUUGUCUGCCUGCAUUCAGUCGUUACUUGGAGCAUCAGAGUCUAUCAGCAAAAACAAGACUCCGAUUGAUGGACAACUUUUCUUAAUAAAACACCUUUUGAUUCUUCGUGAACAAAUUGCUCCAUUUCACACUGAAUUCACCAUUAAGGAAAUUUCCCUGGACCUCAAGAAAACUAGAGAUGCAGCAUUUAAAAUCCUGAAUCCUAUGACUGUUCCAAGAUUUUUUAGGCUGAAUAGCAACAAUGCCUUGAUAGAGUUCUUGUUGGAGGGUACUCCUGAGAUCAGAGAACAUUAUCUUGAUUCUAAGAAAGACGUAGAUCGUCAUCUGAAAUCGGCCUGUGAGCAGUUUAUUCAGCAGCAGACCACGCUGUUUAUAGAGCAGCUGGAGGAGUUCAUGACAAAGGUUUCCGCAUUAAAAACAAUGGCCAGUCAGGGAGGACCCAAGUAUACUCUCUCUCAGCAGCCUUGGGCACAACCAGCAAAGGUUGGUGACCUUGUGGCAAGUGCCUACAAGACAAUAAAAGCAAAGCUGCCCCUGACAUUGAGAAGUAUGUCAUUGUACCUAUCCAACAAAGAUACUGAGUUCAUCCUUUUUAAACCUGUUAGGAAUAAUAUUCAGCAGAUUUUCCAGAAGUUCCAUGUUUUGUUAAAGGAAGAGUUCAGCCCUGAAGAUAUCCAGAUCAUUGCUUGUCCUUCUAUGGAACAGCUGAACCUCCUGCUGUCAGUUUCCAAGUAACCAGGCCUGUCGGGCUGUGUGUAAAAGGCCUGUCUGGUGGGAGCGGGCUGAGGUGUCCCUCGGCCUGCACCCCCCGGGGAACUGUACGAAGGAUGUCCCGAGAACCACACGGCGUGCUGCUCAGUGCUGACUGCAGAAUGACAUAGAAGCAAAGAGUGAAAUGAUUGAUGUUUCCCUCUGAAAAACAUCAAAAUGCCAAAGAUUAAUCUAUGAGUGCUGAUAACUGUCUCAUUUAAAUGGUCACGAGCAGUGUAAGUUAAGAGGAAUUUAUGGUGUGCACUCAGUGAAAUGGUUCUAAGAAAAAGUGUGCAAUGAAAAUAGGUGACAAUAAAUAGUUCAAAGAAGAACUUUAUGGAAAUACAGCUAAUUAGAAAGCUAAGAGAAAGGUCUGUUAAAGUGUGAAACACUGCAAUCUUUUUAACCACUGAACAUUCCAUGGUGACUAAUUUUUUUAUUUCCAGAAAUGUUAUCUUUACACUCUAUUUAAUGUAAUGUUUCUCCUAUCACUUUGAAGUUUAGUUGGGAGUAGAUUGGAUGCUUCUGAGAACACGCUCUGCUUUUCUGGGAAUUCAGGGUGUUAUCUUUCUGUGUGUUUGAUGUGAGGGAGUUUCAAGAUGCAGGGACCUGGCGUAAAGUCCCGGGAUCUGUACUCCGUGAAUUGCUUAGGGGCAGGGCGUUGAAAAGCAGGCAGGGAGCAGCAGCCUCCUUAUGAUAGAAAUGUGUCGUAUCUUUAAUGAGAAUCUUCACGGUACAAUAGGCAGUGUUUGUGAGUGGGAAAUACCAAUUAAGGCAUCUUCAGUCUGGCGCAGGAAGGAGGGAAGGAAGCCUGAUGAAUGGUGCACCUGGCACGGAGGUCGGGCUGCCUGCCUUCUGCACACUGCCUUCCGUUUCCGUGGUUCUUUGAAAAGUGAACACUUUCAUGUCCUGUACUUCACAGUGGCUGUGCCGCGCCAGCCCUGCUACUGCGGAAUGCAUUUUACUAACAGAGAGGGUGAUGAAGACCGCCCAUCCCUUCAGACCCACCCACCACAGGGUAUCAGCGAUCAUCAGAUAAAUGAUGCACGUCUAUGAGUUUUCCUACAAAUACCUGUUUCCUGUUUGGAUUGGUUUGGUUUUGCCUCUGAUGUUACAGUAAAUGUAACCUGCGUUUUGGUUCACAAGGGAUUUUGAGUUAUUCAGACACUAGUUUAGAGAUAGAACGCUAACAAGGGUUCUGGAAGGUAGCCAGCAGGCCUCGUUCUGUGCGACUAGCAUUUCUCCUCCCGCCGUGUGUACAUCUUGUGAUGCCUGUCAUUUUAAACAGGUCACUUGUUUUUCAGCUCGGUUUAACUUGGUGAUGGAUGUUGCUUGACAGAGCUUAAUACUCUGGAUCUUGGGAAACUAAAAGGUAAAGAGGGUCCAUAUUCAUUCUCUGACAGGAAAUGAGUGAAUUAGAAAGAUUAUAUGUACUUUUACUAUUUUAAAUAUGUGUUUAAUGAAAUAAACUGUAAAAUAUCCAGUUUUGUAUAUUAUAUGUACAUUUGAUUUUUAAUCGCCUCUCCAAAGAAAUGAGGGCAUGAUUAUUGUACAGUACUGUGACUAAUUUGGUGUACAGAGCGAGUCUGUUCUUAAGGAUAAAAAUAUUUGACGGCA